AGGGCGCGUGACGAAGAUCUGGAGCAUAAAAAUUUGGAAGAAGCCAAAACCCAUAUACAAGAGGCAGCAAAAGAAAAGGCGCACUCCUCCACCGUUCAAUUCUAUUGACCACUCGCCGGUGACGGAAACCCCCCCGGUCUACAGACCCAACUCUCCGUUCCGGCCGACACACUUGCAACCCCCUAUACGUAGAGAUAGCUCGGUGUUUAUUGAGCUGUGGCCUAGUUUUUGUCGGCUCAAUAGCUCGAGAUGGAGCUGUUCCAUUCUCGGCUACUGAUUGUUCUGUGGUUUUAGAUUUUUGGUGUACGAGAUUUGAUUUCAUCAGGUGUUUUGAGUUAGUACCAAUUGAUGUUUCGGAUCUAUAAAGGACAACAUGUUUCACAGUUGAAUGGGUGUGGUGCACUGUUGCUUGCUGGUUAAGUUCAUUUGCCAACUGAUGCCCUGCAAGAUUGUCAAUUAAAGAGUUCAUAAUUGGUACUAGUAAUGCAACAGGAUGUUACUUAUAAGCCAGAGACAACAUGACAAUUUCUUCAAGGAACACAGGCUGCAAAGUUGACUGAAGAAGCUGAGUUGGUUCUUCAUAAUUUAUACUUGCUUUUUUUUUUUGCACACCAGCCAAGAAUGGAAACAAAACCAGCUUUAUCGAUUCAAAGACCAGGUGGAAGACAACUUAAUAACUGUGGGGCAUCUGGAGCUUUAUCUUCUUCUUUGCCUGUUCAUCUGCAUCCUAGAGAUGAAAGAUAUCCGGAUUUUUCCGACACCCAGCAGGGUUUCCUGGAGAGGGGAGUCAUGCAACAUCCUGUACCUAAUGUUGCACCAUUGUCUUCCAACAGUGGGGUUGUUGGACAUAUAUUUUCUUCAUCUUCAGGAAUUUCUAAUGAUCUUCAUUUUUCAUCCAGCCAACAACAAGAAAAGCAUCCAAGACAACCCCCUUUCAUUUCUCAAUCAGCAAAUAGUGGGUCUUCUGUUCUAGUACCACAUUCUGUUGAUUCUGGGGUUCUCCAGUCGACAGCAUCCAGUCAUUAUAACAAAGAUCAUAACGAAUCGUGGUGUACGGAUGCACUACCUGAUUUUCUUGAUUUUCCAGUGAGUGGCGCAGUACAGAAUAGUCAACUUGAUGGUAGCAACAUUGGUGCCGUUGCCAUUCCUUCUGAGGAUCCCAAUAGACCGAACGAUUGGCAGGAUUGGGCCGAUCAGCUUAUUACUGAUAAUGAUGCUUUGACUGAUUGGAAUGAGCUUCUUGCUGAUACAAGUGUUGCAGCUCCAGAUGUCAAGUUGUUGCAUCAAAUGUCCAGACAGUCAACAAGUAUCUCAGUGCAACCCCAUGUAUCCCAACAGCUUCCAGCUACACCUGGAGAAACUUGCAAUGCUGCUGUUCAGUCACCCUCCACCAGUUCUGCUCCAGCAAAGCAACGCAUGCGUUGGACACCUGAACUUCAUGAGGCCUUUGUGGAGGCUGUCAACAAACUUGGUGGAAGUGAAAGAGCUACUCCCAAAGGUGUGCUGAAGCUAAUGAAAGUUGAAGGUUUGACAAUCUAUCAUGUUAAAAGCCACCUACAGAAGUACCGUACGGCUAGAUACAAACCUGAGACCAUGGAAGGAUCUUCUGAGAGAAAAUCGGCCUCCAUUGAAGAACUUUCAUCACUUGACUUAAAAACAGGUAUUGAGAUCACCGAAGCUUUGAGGUUGCAGAUGGAAGUCCAGAAGAGGCUUCACGAACAACUUGAGAUUCAAAGAAAUCUACAGCUCCGAAUAGAAGAACAAGGGCGGUAUCUUCAGAUGAUGUUUGAGAAGCAGUGCAAGUCGGGUGUGGACUUACUCAAGGGGGCUUCAUCCUCUGCUGAAGAAACAGACGCCAUUCAAAAUUCGCGGGCCAGAGACAAUUCAGGAGUAGAAGCUGAUAACAGCAGUCAAGGAGGUGAUCCGGCUAAUACAGCCACAGGUUCACGAGAAAAUUCUCAGAUGAUGGAACAGCAACAAAACAUACCUGGUUCUGAAAUUCCUGGAAACCCCAAUGGAAAAGUAGAGUCGCCACCACCAAAACGUGCAAAACUGCACGAAUAGGCCCCAUUGUUUCUAAGUACUAGCAAGACCAAACUGAUACAUGGAUGACCGAGCCUUGCAUAGGACUAGAGUAAGCUUGACAAGGGUGGUGGGUUCUGGUUCUUCUGUUAGACGAAACUCUUGUGGGCAUCUGCUUGUGUGUUCCUCAAAUCUUAGUUCUUUUUUACUGUCUCAGAUUCGUAUUCCUUCUUCAUUUGCGGCGUCUGAGCUAGGCUCAGUGAGGAAUUUUGGUUGGGAAAUGAAGCCAGUUCUUCCCCCAGAAUAUGUUUCUGAUUCAAUACUCAAAGCCUCAUUUUGUACCAACGAUUAUGAGGACCCAUGAUUUAGUAAUAUGGGGUCUGUGAAUAUAAUAAGGUUACCUUUACUAAA